AUGAAUAGAUCAAAAUCAUCAAAUGAACCAAGUCGACCCGUAUUAUCCAUCAGUACAAGAAAUCUUUCAAGAAGGAAAAGAUGGUCAGGGCUAAUAUCAGCCAAAGAAAAAAUCAAGUCUGACCUGCAGAGAAUAUCAUCAUUUGGACAAACUGAGGAAUUUGUCAGUUCUCCCGAAAGUGAAUAUUCUGUGGCUUCCCAGACACAGCCAGCUCAUAGACUGAAAUCAUCCGAUACAAUGACAUCUCAAGAGAGCAGUAGCACUAACGGUAGUGCGAAAAAGAAGUUUUCUUUUCCUCACUUUCGUAGACAUAAUGAUCUAACAGAAAAAUCAACCUACGUACCUGAAGUCCCAGAACCUAUCAUGCCCCCAUUGAUCGCAUCAUCACCCGAUGAGGUUUUAUCACCUCCACCCUGGGAAGCCGAAGACAUAAAUAGAAAGAGACACUCAUUAAGUGCAGCAAAAUUGUAUAGUUUUACAUAUCAUGAAGAGGAAGAGGAAGAGGAAGAAUUACCUGAUACAGAAGAGGAUGAAGAGUAUCAUUCUGAUCCAGAGCUAUUAAACAACAAUAGCAAUCUUAGUAGCAUUUCAUCUGAUGUUACACUACAUCCGGCCAGUAUAGGUAACAGACACUCACUCCGUCGACGCUCAAGUUGCCCUAGUUAUGAUGCAAUCUCCCUUAGCUCAUCAUCUUCUACUAUGGUUGAGAAGGAUAUACUCUAUGUGACGGAACAGCAUACUCGUAACAUGCUUUUACUUAAGAAGAAUAGGCCCGUGGAUAAAAAAGUAACCUUUAAACCAUGUCAAAAGGUGAUUGCACGUGCUGCCGAAGCUGCCGCGAAUGGUGAUACAGUAUCUGGUCCAAUAUUUUUACCAUUCUGUGAAGAAACGCUGAAAUACACGUAUAUUCCUAAUGUUUUUGAUCCAGACACACGUGAACCUGUUCUUCAAUUUACAAAUAUCAAGCCAAGAGAAUAUCAGCUUCGACGCAAAAUGAAUUGGAAGAAAGAAGCCAAAGCUUUGAUGACAUGGCAUGAUACCUUACAGAUCUUGCUCAAUCAACCGUCUGCUAUACAUUCUAGAAUGCAACACAUGACACCUGAAAAGCGAGAAAAGUAUCAAUUGACACGUAAAUUUAUUUUAAGAGAAUUCUACACAACUGAAGUCAACUUUUGGAAUCAACUGUAUUACACAAAAAUCGUAUUUUAUGAUGCGCUUGUCAACGCCAUUGGAAAAGAAAGUCGAUAUGCUCAGUUAAAUGGCGCGGAUGUUUUCGCUAACCUCUUUGAUCUCAUGAGAUUUUCUGCCAAGUUAAUUCAUCGUUUGCGUCACCUUCAACUUGAUAAGCGAUCAACGGCUGAUUCACCCAAGAUCAUUUAUCCAUUUGAUGCUAUGCCUCCAUUAGUAGAGUGUUGUCAUGGCGGACAACUGGGAAAAAUAUUAUGCGAUAUGUCCGAAGAUAUGGUCGUCUUUUUAAGGAGUGCUAUUGAUUAUAAAGAAAAUAGAAAGUUACUACAGAAUAAGAUGUAUGAAAACUAUAGACAGAGAUUGUACAGUAAAAAAGAAACCAGUCAAUUCUCUAUGGAGGAUUUCUUGAUUAUUCCUAUUCAGCGAGUGGCUAGAUAUGGACUACUGUUAGCAGAUCUUAUUAGACAUACUGAUCCAAACAUUCCAGAUUAUGCCUACUUAAUUAGAGCGCACAGGAUCAUUACUAGUUUAGCCACUGCAAUGAAUUCAGUGCAAAAGAAAUCAAAAUAG